AUGUGGUUAGGCGGAGAAUUCGGUUUGGAGGACGACUCCUUCGCGGGGAAUGCAGCGGGGAAUGCAGCGGGGAAUGCUGCGGGGAAUACUGCUGGGAAUGCAGAGGGGAAUGGAGCGGGUAACAGUGAGGGAGGCAAGAGGAAGAGCUACGGGACGGGAGGCUAUAAGGAGGAGGAGGAGGCAGUGGCAGUGAUUGCUGGAGUGCUGAGGGAGAAAUUCGGGCCUCAGAUAGUGAGCGAGGAGGUGGAGUGGGGGAGUGGGAUAAGAAGCAGGGAGGGCGAAGAUGGGGUGGGGAAAGUGAAAGAGGAGGGGGAGGAGGGGUGGGAAGGGGACGAUGAGGAGGCGGAAAAAGAGGAGGAUGAGGAGGAUGCAGAAGCUGAGACGUGUGAGGAGGACACACCACCCGACACAUCUCCUCCCACGCACCCUCCUCUGUUGUUCAGCCGGCGGGUCGUAUCUCCCUCUGCCCUCCUCUCCCUCUACCACUUCUUCUCCUCCCACCUCGGCAUCUCCUCCCCUUCCACUGUCGCUUCCCUCCUCGCCUCCACCCCCCAACUCCUCCGCUCCAAUCCCACCAAUGAUUUGCUGCCACGUAUCCAUCUCCUCCAGUCAUACGGCAUAUUUGAUGCCGAUAUCGUGCAUAUCACUGUGAGAAAUCCAGCCUGGCUCCGCUCCUCCCUGCCACAGAUCCAGAAUAUGAUUGAGUUGCUUUUAGCUAAAGGCGUUUGCCGUAGCAGAUUGGGCUCGGUGCUCCAACGUGGACUGCGCUUACUCUGCAGGGAGGCACGUUCAGCGAACCUGGACAUUCUGGUGGAGAAAGCAGGUGUUCCUGUGGGCAAGCUGGGUGUGAUUAUAGAGAGUUGUCCGUCCAUCUUGACUCAGAACAAAGAGACGGUGAGUGCUCAGCUUGAGACGUUAUCAGCCUAUUUUACGGCGGGAUCUGAAAGGGAGGUAGAAGCUGAUACUUCCAGCACAGGCCUCCUGAAGCAGCGACUAAAUGAGCAACAUCAGGACAGGAACCACCUAACCAGGCUCAUCCUGAAGUUUCCACCCAUCCUUGGUCUUUCGCCCCACAGCAUUGCAGAGAAGAUCCGCAUUCUCCAGUCCUUCACUCCCCCAGACACCCCCUCCAUUGCAAGCUCUGUGCUCCGUCGUGCCCCCAACGUCCUCAGUUUCAGCAAAGAAACUCUCUUAACUAAGCUCCAGUUCUUUGUGGAUAAGGUGGGGGAGGAGGCAACAGGAAGGGUGGUGAGGAGUCACCCUGUGGUUCUGCUGUUUUCAAAGGAGAAUCUGCAAGGCAAGAUGGCGGUGUACCCGUCGUCUCUCCACUGCAGCUGGAAAACGAACCUGAAGCACAAGGUGGAGUACCUGAAACGGGACAUGGGGCUCUCUAUAAUGGAGGUGCUUGCCUACCCGCCCUUUCUUGGGUUGAGUUUGAAUCGGCGAAUCAGACCGCGGCAUGUGGCACUGGUGCGGUUGGGCUAUGCCGUUGUGGCACGCAAGAUGGCCAGUCGGACGGGUGUUGGAGACAAGGAUGUUCCAGUCGAAGCUGGGAAACAGAGGAGCGAGCUGGAUUUCGUGUCUAACAAAGCAGAGGGAGUAGAGGGGAUUGAAUGGGGAACGGAAGAAAGAAAGAGUGGAGCGUCACUUGGGGCUCUUUUAGGCAGUGGCGAGCUAAGGGGGAGAGCUGCUACAGAGCAACAGCUUGUGAACGUGGAGGUGAAAAGGAGAAUGGUGUGUUUGCACCAGUUCAUCCACUAUUCAGACAAGCAGUUUGAGGAGAAGUUUGGAGUCAAGCUUUCAUUCAUACUGUCUCUCCUCCUGCCCCGCCCGCUUAUCACUGCGCUUCAACAUUUGUCUGUCACUCAGUUCUCUCUCGUGCUGACCCCCUUCUUCUCUCUCUGGCCUCGCCUCUCCUGCCUGCCAGCUCAACAACUUGCAGCAGCAGCAGCGGACAACAAGAGACCGCCGGAGAAACUUCCAGUGUGCUGCCAUGCCACGGACGCUUGCUCCCAGGGCGGGGGCGCACUCACUACCAAGGCACUAUCCCUCCCCUUGGCCUCCCUCUCCCCUACAGCGUGGGCGCACUGA